CUACGUCAUCGUCGUAGGUAAACAAGAUUUUUAACGGUAGGGAUAUUUAAACCGUGAGCUGUCAAGGUCUACACAUUUGUUGGGGGCCACUGUUAAAUCAAAGUGUGGGACACUGAACUAUGCAGCAUGUAUGUCUCCAAAAUGAUCUCCAAUACCUAUUUUGUCUGUGAAAGAAGGCCCACUUUGACCUCUGCCACAGAGACAUGCCCACACAACUUUGCCGAAAUGCUGCCCACGGAAAUGAGCUUGAAGAUUUUUAGUGAACUGGACAUUGACAGCUUAUGUAGUGCAUUGUUGACCUGCAAACUGUGGCACCACAUCAUUGAAGACAGUGACCACCUCUGGAGGAAUCAUUGCCUGACUGUGCGAGCUUUCUGUCAACAGGAGAUUGAUGUGGACAGACAGUAUGGACUGUCAUGGAAGGUCACCCUGGUGCGGAACUACAGGAGAGGUUUUCUGAAGAGCGAAUGGUUAAGGGGACGAUACAGCAACAUUCAUUCUCCCGAUGAACUACUGGACAGGAACAUGUGCUCAUUGGAUGUCGAGACAUGGGGCGAGAUUCUGGAAGCAGAGCUGGAGAGAUAGAUGCAAAUCCCAUAAAGAGCUAUGAAUGAAACUUUUAGAUUUUCUUUUAUAAUUAUGUCUUAAGCACUUAUUGAUUUGUUUUAUACCUUUUAUACAGUUUUAUGUGAUUAUGGUUAAUAAUGUAUUUUUUUGUUAUACAUUAAUAUAUGGUAGGCUAUAUUCCAGGAAAAUAACAAUACCCUUUAAUGAAUUCCUAAAUCAGUGAUACAAUUGGGCCUUCACCACACUGAAUAAAGUGGGCUAUUAAGAUGUUAAUUUGCAUUUACAGUAUAGCACUAAAGUGUAGCACUUUUACUACAGUAUUUAUUAGCUAUUUAAACUCCUUUGGUUGACAGUGUGUAUAUGAGUUAUACUGUAUAGAAUAAUACUCAUAAUGCACUAUAUCAGAUAUAUGGGGCUGGAGCACUAUAUUUUCUAUUUUAAUUAAUUUUGACAUGACUGUUCAAAUCAAAUUUUAUUUGUCACAUACACAUGGUUAGCAGAUGUUAAUGCGAGUGUAGCGAAAUGCUUGUUCAUGUGUUCACUUCAUGUACAGCCAUGCAUAUUCAUGUGUUACUCACUGUAGGCUAUAUCACCAUGGAUCACCAUACAUUCAUUGAAAGACAUCAUGAUUUUGAUGCACAAACACAUUUGGUGUGGUGCAUAAUAUCUUCAAUAGUCUAAUUCAAUUAUUGCAGAUAGUUUAAAUAUGGCAAUUGACUUUGUCUUUAUAAUUAUGGUACUAUCUGCCACUGUAUCAAAAGCCACACACACAAAUUAAACGGCAAUUAAACUUCGGGUUCUUUAACAAAGGUCCACUCUUUCAGCAGCAUGGACAGGGCCAAUUCAAAUCAAUUGAGGGACUUUCUACGGUUUCUAACAAGAUCCAAUGUCAGCACUUCGGACAGGGAUAGCUAACAAUAUUCAAAUGAAUGGAUUCCGACAUUGAACAUUAGGAUAGUUCACCCUAGAGUGUUAAUUGUUGAUUUAUAGUUUAAUACAGUGUGUGGGCCUACAUCCUGCCGGUAUGUUCGUGCAAGCAUAUAGCAACCUAAAAACAAAAUAUACUGAGUGUACAAAGCUUUCCAUGACAGACUAUCCAGGUGAAGGCUAUGAUCUUUUGAUGUCACCUGUUAAAAACACUUCAGUCAGUGUGGAUGAAGGUGAGGAGACAGGUUGGAUAAUUAUUUUUACGCCUUGAGACAAUUGAGACAUGGAUUGUGUAUAUAUGCCAUUUAGUAGGUACAUGGGCAAGACAAAGAUUUACAGUGCUGUCAGAAAAUAUUCAUACCCCUUGACUUGUUACACAUUUUGUUGUGUUACAGCCUGAAUUAAAAAUGGAUUCAAUUUUUUUUCUUACCCAUCUACACACAAUAUCCCAUAAUGACAAAAUGAACAAAAUGUUUUUAUAAAUGUAUUAGUAUUUUUUUUUUAAUGUUUUAUUUGCAUACAGAAAUAUCUAAUUUACUUAAGUAUUCACAACCCAAUAAAUAUUAUUAUCACCUUUG